AUGACAGUGCCGAAAAAGAGUGAGGUUCAUUCGACUACUAACUUUAGCGCCUAUUGGUUGGCUGUCUCGUUUGAAAUGGUGGCGCGGGAUUUCGGUCGCCUCGUGUGGGCACCGGAUGUGCAGGAAGGAUACGUGUUGGGAACCGUGGAAGACAUUGGAACAGAGAACAUCACGGUAACGAGAAAGGAUGGUAAAGGACAGAUCAAGGCAAGCUAUGACGAGGUAUUUCCUGCCGACGAUGAUCCCAGAAAGACUGUUGACGAUAACUGCGCACUGAUGUACCUUAACGAAGGAACUCUUCUUAACAAUUGCCAGCAACGUUACUUUAAAAGACAAAUCUAUACUUACGUAGCUAACAUACUAAUAUCGAUUAACCCAUAUGAAGAGAUCGCUGGAUUAUAUUCAAUAGAAACUAUCAAUAAGUACAGGGGAAAGUCGUUGGGACAAAUGCCACCUCAUAUAUAUGCUGUUGCGGACAGAGCUUACCUUGAAAUGAAGAGGAACAAGGAAUCACAAUCAAUUAUUGUGUCAGGUGAAUCCGGAGCCGGAAAAACGGAGUCGCAGAAGGCGAUACUCAGAUAUCUAUGCGAGAAUUGGGGAGCAACAGCGGGUCCAAUUCAGCAGCGAAUCCUUGAGACGAAUCCAAUCCUGGAAGCAUUCGGCAACGCAAAAACUUUGCGAAACAAUAAUUCGAGUCGUUUCGGGAAAUUUGUCGAGAUUCAUUUUGGUACAGAUAAUAAAGUAGCCGGUGGAUUUGUAUCGCAUUAUUUGCUCGAAAAAUCCAGGGUGUGUCGACAAGCGACUGGGGAACGAAAUUAUCAUAUUUUCUAUCAGCUCGUCGCCGGUGCUCCAGACUCGCUCUAUAAGAAGCUUCAUCUUGCUCCUCCUGACAAAUUCAAGUAUUUGAAAUACGGAACGACGACCUUCUUUGCUAGACCUGGAACAAGGUCAAAGAUAGACUCAGAGAGACUCAGUGAGCAGGCUCGAAAAGAUGGGAUGUUGACGGAUGCCAUUGUUGACGACGCUGCAGAUUUUUCACAUCUAAGCGAAGCACUCAUGAGAGCUGGACUAUCUUCUGAUGAAGUUUUUGAUAUAUGGCGAACUGUGGCUGGCGUUCUCCACUUGGGAAAUAUUGAUUUCGUCGAUAGUGUUGAUGAUAGUCGAGGUGGCUGCAAAAUGGAUCCGGCCAGUGAAAUAACGGUCGGUAUCGCCGCAGAAUUACUUGGAAUGGAAAAAGCUGACCUAAAAAUGGGUUUGGUGUCGAGAAUAAUGCAGGCCACGAAAGGAGGAGUUAAAGGUACACUGAUCAGAGUCCCACUGAAACCUUACGAAGCAGCUGCUGGAAGAGAUGCAUUGGCGAAAGCACUCUAUUCUCGACUGUUUGAUUGGCUUGUGGCGAGAAUCAAUAAAUCAAUACCGUUUGAAAAGAGUGUCACGUACAUUGGCGUACUUGAUAUCGCUGGAUUCGAAUUCUUCGAAGUGAACUCAUUCGAGCAGUUUUGCAUCAACUAUUGUAAUGAGAAACUGCAACACUUCUUCAAUGAACGUAUCCUGAAGCAGGAGCAAGAAUUGUACGCCAAGGAAGGGUUAGAUGUACCACGGAUUGAGUAUUCGGACAAUUAUGACUGUAUCGAACUUUUCGAAAAGAAACCAUCCGGUCUACUCGAACUCCUUGACGAAGAGUCUCGUCUACCCCGUCCAAGUCCGUCGCAUUACACUCUGGCUGCAUAUGAAUCGAACAAAGGUCAUUUCCGACUGGAGAGUCCUCGGCGCUCACGCCUUCGUCAGCAUCGCGAUCUCCGCGAAGAAGAGGCGUUUUUGAUCAGACACUACGCCGGCACUGUUUGCUACGAAACAGGACAAUUCCUCGAAAAAAACAGCGACACACUGCAUAAUUCGCUAGAAUUUCUGGUGGAACAGAGCAGCGUGGGAUUCAUCCGUAACCUGUUCGAAACCAAUCACGCUCAGCGUUCCGCUUCGGAGAAACGUUCGAGCGGGAGCAGAUUGCAGGCAGCGAGCGUUGGAGGGAAAUUCCGCAAACAACUCAGCGUCCUACUUGAAAAGCUGAGGAAUACGGGGACUCAUUUUGUCCGUUGCGUCAAACCGAACUCUUCGAUGAGUCCACAAAUCUGUGAUGGAGCGGCUAUUCUUUCACAGUUGAAGUGCGCUGGAAUGGCCAGCGUCCUUAAACUCAUGCAGAAAGGAUUCCCAUCCAGAACUUCAUUUGCUGAUCUCUAUUUGCUGUAUCAACGACAACUGCCACCCGACCUCGCCAGGCUCGAUCCACGACUUUUCUGCAAGUGCCUUUUUCGCGCGCUCGGUUUGAACAAUAUCGAUUACAAGUUCGGACAAACGAAAGUAUUUUUUAGACCUGGAAAGUUUGCGGAAUUUGAUCAGAUGCUUCGACAAGAUCCUGAAAAUAUGCGAAUUCUUAUCGAGAAGGUACGCUCCUGGCUACUAAAAGCUCGUUGGCGAAAAGUGCAAUUUGGUGCAUGGAGUGUUAUCAAAUUGGCUAGGAAGAUCGCCUGGCGUGCUGAGCUCAUCGUACGGAUUCAGAGUCAUCUACGCGGGUACAUCGCUCGGAAACAGUUCAAACCACGCCUAGAUCUAUAUCGAAAAUCACUGAAUCUUCUGGAACGAUCACGAGAAAUGAUGUCUGUGAUCAACCAAUUGCAACCGAAUAGUCGUGAGAAAUGGGCGGCGCCUGUUCGCGACACCACGAAAAGCCUCGAAACGCUUGUGGAAAGCGUUCGUGUGAACGAUUCAAACUUCGAGGUGGAACGAGCAAUGGCCUGCUACGAGCAAUGUGUACAACGUGUUGACCGCACAAUUUCCGAACUGAAGAAACAACUAGCCGUCGAAGAACAGCAGAAACUCCUAGAACUAGAACGAAAGAGACGAGAAGAAGAAGAAGAAUUGUCUAGAAAGAAAGCUGAAGAAGAACGUCUUGAGCUGGAACGAUUACAGCGUAAACAACUCGCGGAAGAACGCGAGAAAGAAGAAAAACGCUUCAAACAAACUAUGGCAGCAGAAGCACAGCGAGCUGAAGCGCUGCGUAUCGACGAGGAAAAGAGAAUGGCAGCUGCGGAACGUGAACGCCUCGACGCUGCGAUCGCUACGCGACUAUCACGCGAUGGAGGCGGAGCGAUGAUGGACACGCCCACAACUAGCAUGUCUUCCGGAUCGUCAUCGGAUUCGAUGAAACCAAAAGGGAAAUACGAUCUAUCGAAUUGGAGAUAUGCUGAACUUAGAGACACUAUCAACACCAGCACAGAUAUGGAUCUCCUAUUGGCGUGUAAAGAAGAGUUUCAUCGUCGUUUACGUAUCUAUAAUGCAUGGAAGUCGAGGAAUCAAAGUGAACGUGAUACGGUCACACAGAGGGCUCCAAGCGCUGUGUACGCAAAUGCGCAAAAACGCACGAUUAUCGCUCCACAAGUGAAUCCGGCGUUAACCAUGCAGAGAUACUUUAAAGUACCGUUUUCACGUCCUGCUGAUAUCUAUAAAACUAACAAUGAUACUCGAGUGCUGCAACAGGGACUAUGGUACGCACAUUUCAAUGGUCAGUGGAUUCAACGACAAAUUGAAAUGCAUCCGAACAAAACACCUGUUCUACUAGUUGCUGGCCGAGACGAUCUGCAUAUGUGCGAGAUCCCACUCGAUCAAACUGGACUAACCCGCAAAAAGGGCGCCGAAAUCCUCGAAUCCGAAUUUGAAACUGUCUGGCAGCAUCUCGGCGGCGCUCCAUUGCAAAAAUGGCGACCCUAG